CAAUGUUUAUGCUGCGCAUUUUUGGAUGUAAUUUUAGGCUUCAAGUUGGAACCGUUGGCAUUUGGAAAAUAUCCGACAUUUAAAUGGAGGAUCAGGGCGACGCGACCGACAAAGCCGCUGGUAAGCUGAAUAGUUCAAAAACCCAAGGCCACAGAUACCGAUGCGCUAAUGAUGAGCCCAUUGUGAACACUCAGCAGAGUCGCCAGAACUCGUCGAGUAUGUUGAAUCUGAUGGAUGCCAGUUCCUUUAGUAUGCCUCCUCCCAAUCUGCACUCCUCAAAGGUGAUCAACCCAAACAAGGCUAUAUUUACCAUAGACGCGAAUACGGGACAGAUUUUUAUAGUAAACAACAAGGCCUGCCAAUUGUUGGGGUACACAUCUCAGGAACUGCGAAACAAGGGAUUCUUUGACCUACUCAAUGGAAAAACAGAAAGUCACAUCUCAUCCCUGGCCGAGAUGCAGAUUGAGGGCGACGAGGGCAGAGUGGUCCUGCUGAGUGGAAAGGUCAUCGAAAUGAAAACCAAGUCGAGCAACAAGAUUCUAGUCUCACUAUGGAUCCGGCAGAUUAGUAAUGAUGGAAGGCAUAUAGCUGUCGCUGAGCCCGUGGAAAGGCACAUCUGCCACAUUAGCACUGAUAGGUUCGGCGUAAUAACAUCUGUUGACUCCACCACGGCCACUAUAUUCUUCUACGAAUCCACCGAAAGCGUUGUGGGCGUUAAUAUUACCACACUGAUCCCUUUUAUAAAGCUCCCAGAACCGGAUAGCAAGGAAAUCGCUAAGAGCCUUCGAAAGCAGAGGGCCACUGGACGAACUACGGACAAUGUAAAGUUUCCGCUGUGCCUGCUAAUAGCUCUGGAUGAGAACGCGCCGACAGGAUACUCCAGUACGGGAAAUACUGUGUUUAGAAUCACCGUUUGGGUGUUUCAAAAUCUCAGUGGGCUGAUUGUGAUAGACGAUAUAGGCAACAUAUUGAUGUGCAAUCAGCCAUUUUCGCUCCUUAUGUUCGGUUAUGGGCAGGACAAGAUCAUGAACAUGCAUAUAUCCGCCAUAUUACCGAAUUUCGGAAAGGAUUCUCGCGAGGAAAAGAGCCCUAAUGUGUCAAACACCUCCAUAACCAGCAACGACUGGGAGCCGGAUACUGAUCCCUUUGUUCUAGACAACGACUCCUCGCUGCAGUCCGGUAAGAAGAACUCCGCCAGUAAGAUGGCUCAGGUCCAAACCAACAACGAACCCUCGGUCAGUGAUGCCCACUUGAGCUGUAAUCUGGAGAACAGCGGUGGGUUGUUCUGUGAUCUUCGACAGCCAGAUGAUUGCACAAUAGAUGAUAUUUUAACACCCGUAAAUGCUUCGAACAGUUUCCCAGUCGACGAGUUUGAGGGAGGAUCCCACUCUCAUUUAAACGAGGUAUCCCUCGACAAAGCAAAGUCCGCAUCCACGGAGACUUGUGAUGCCUCGGGCAGUAACCCCGCCAGCAGGUUACUCAGUUCCAUUAAUGGAAGCUUUGUGGGGGAAGCCAUUCACGCCGACGGCUCUGUGAUUGAGGUGGUCUAUUCAGUACUGCUGCAAAUUCUGCCUUGCUCCAAUCGGGUUUACUGCAUCUGGGUAUGCAGAGAUCCAAGCACUAGACUCGAUGGUGAAAAGUACAACUAUAUGAAUUUAACAUCUACCUUCAACAGUAUGGCUAGCACUAUUGAGCAGUCGCUUGGUCAGGUCAUAAAGACCACUGCUGCUCAGAAUUCGAGUAGACCAAAUUCCUUGUCCCUAGUUUCGAAAUACGAGGACGAGCUUUAUCUGGGGGACUACAGCAAGCACUACACUUCUAUCCGGCAGAUCGGAAGGGGUGCUUAUGGCUACGUAAACAUGGCUUUCCGUAACACCGACAGACUGCUAGUGAUCACCAAGUUCAUUCUCAAGGAGAAGCUGUGCUCUCAGUUUAUGGUCAAGAACCGCGAUUGCAAGGAUGUUCCCAUCGAGAUUCAUCUACUGCAAACCCUGAACCACAAGAAUAUUGUAUCUGUUUUGGAUGUUUUUGAAAACGACUUGUUUUACCAGUUGGUGAUGGAAAAACACGGCUCAGGAAUGGACCUGUGGACAUUCAUUGAAAGGCGGCCUUUAAUGGAUGAAAAACUCGGCAGCUAUAUUUUUCGGCAAGUUGCAGAUGCCGUCAACUAUUUACACGAACAGAAGAUCCUGCAUCGCGACAUCAAGGACGAGAACAUUAUAAUUGAUCAAAAUUUCAACAUAAAGUUGAUUGAUUUUGGUUCGGCAACCUUCAUGGAAGAAGGAAAGUUCUUCUCGACCUUUUACGGCACGACAGAGUACUGCAGUCCGGAGGUCUUGGCCGGAAACAGAUACGUGGGUCCCGAACUGGAAAUCUGGGCUUUGGGCGUAACUUUGUACGUUUUGAUGUUCUUUGAAAACCCAUUCAUCGAUGUGGAGGAAACACUGAAAGCCGAAAUACAAAUUCCAAAAGCAGUGUCUGAACAAUUAAAUCGCCUCAUAAUUUCCAUGCUAAACAAGGACCCCAAAUACCGAUGUACCAUGCACCAGCUAAUAACCGAUCCAUGGCUUACCCAGGAGGUCAAUCCUUCUGCGUUUAGUUUCUCCUGGAUAGUCCCCUGCAAGGCCCAUGAGGCGAAUCCAGAUCUGUAUUUCUCUGGGUACCUGUACUCCAGUACUUCAGUGUUGUCCACUAUAUCGCCACAGGAGAGUUUCUCACACAUCGAGGAGUCCUCGAUGGGAGGUAGUGAUGAGGCACGAUUGGCAUCUCACAGAACCGGACACAAGUUGUGUGUUAAUGAAGCCAAGCACAAUAAAAUGGACACACUGUACGCGAAACAAUUCCAGUUAAACACUUCAGUUAGUAAUCACGAACUAAGGGCCUCGUUACCUGACUCCAGCCACCUAGAAACCGGAGGUUCUAUUAGCUCCUCAAAAUCCGAAAACGAUAUAUUUAAGAACAAACUAGAACCCUGCGUGUCUGCCUAUAACGUAGUUAGCUUGCACGACGUGAGCAGGAAACCUAAAACGCUUGAUCUAAAGUAAAGUUCUAUAUCUGUUGUACAUGUGUAAAUUAAAUCUAUACAAUCUGUCAUACCAAA